AUGGCGGUGGAUGAUCGCCGGCUUUCUGCCUGCGAUUGUUUGAAAAUCGGGAGCAAAGAUUCAUCAGAACAUAGUAAGGAAUCAUUGGAGAUGAUCAAUAAUCGGCUUCUGCAGAAUUCGAUCAAAGAAGCAGAUGGACAAUUUCAAGUAGUUAUUUCUAAUUCAGGUAAUUCUGAUCUUAAUUCUCUUAAAAAUGAUUCGACUAAUUUGAAUUCCAACCUAGAUUCUCAUAUUCCGUCUUUGAAAUGGAAUGGAGCUUUGGUGAUAAAAGACGUAGCAGAACAUUCCCUUAAUGUUUUCAAGCCUGUUGAAGGCAAAGGAAAAGCUGUUACCGAAAUGGAUCCUCAUAUUCCGCCUUUGAAACGGAAUGGAGCUUUGGUGAUUAAGGAGAUUUUAGAUCAAUCCCCUAAUGUUGUCAAGCAUGUUGAAGGCAAAGGAAAAGCUGUGGCUGAAACGUUGAAUCCUUCUUCGUCGGGUAUAAAAUUAUUUGUUAACCGGUUUGGAAACUCGAAUGCAAUCCCUGGACUCUGUCGCAGUGCGAUAAAUGAAAGUUCCCUAAAUCUGGUUAACAAGAACUUUCAUUCUGAACUGGAUUCAUCUAUGGUAACGGAUGAUACUUUGUUGAUUAGCGAAAUGCCAAAAAAAUCAGGAGACAAUGCAUCUGCUAAUCCUUGGAGUAAAAAACCAUACAUAAAUCUGGAUUUCAAUGAAAAGGAGGUGAUAAUUUCUGAAGAUGGGAUUGCUGUAAAGUUAAUACAGGAAAUGGAAGAUAUAAAUUCUAAGAAAUUAUCUAAAUCAUUGGUUAUCAAAGUCUUUGGAAGAGAGUUACAUUCUUACAAGGUCGCAUGGGAGCUUAGAAAACAAUGGAACCAAUUUGGGCAAUUUCACUUUACCACAUUGGGUAAAGGAUGGUUUUUAUGCUCAUUUUCAUCAGUACAAAUGUCAGAAGAAGUCCUAGCAGGUGGUCCUUGGUUCGUUAAUGAGCAUAUAAUAGGUAUGGAAAAGUGGACACCUGAAUUUUCUACAAAUUCCAAUAAAGGACUUUCUUCGCCUAUUUGGAUUAGAAUGCAUCAAUUACCAUUACAAUGUUGGGAUGAGAAAAAUAUAGCAUGUAUUGCUUCAAUGAUUGGGAAACCCCUUAUGUUAGAUGGUAAUAUGUUUCAGUGGGGAAGAAGAGAAUUCGCAAGAGUAUGUGUAAGAAUCAGUCUGGAUAAACCUCUUCCACUAGGUGUUUGGGUGGACAGCAUUUCUGGAAGAUUCUUCCAACCGGUGAAAUAUGAAAAGGUCUCCAAUCUAUGCUAUGGUUGUGGGAAAAUUGGGCACAUGGAAAAUGAUUGUGAGCUGAAGGUUAAUAAUACUAAAGUCAUGAAGGUUACCUUUGACAGCACUAGCAAUAAUGAUAAAGGUAAAGUGCAAGAGGUGUUGAAAGAAAAAGAGAAUAAUUAUGGACCAUGGAUAAUGGUCAAUAAUAAGAAAAGGUGGAAGAACAAGCCAGGUAACAAGUUGAUUAACAAUCCUUCUACAAGAUAUAUGGAAAAAUCAAGGAAUCCUGAUGUCCCAAAGAUUCUAGAGGAGAAGACUAGUCUUAUAGAAGAAGAUAGCGAAGAAGGUGAACUUUCUGAAAAUGUAAGUAUUGCUGUUAAAAAUGUGCCUCAAGUUGAAUGGAAGAAAUCUAUUAAGAAUGAAAACAAAGUUGAUGAUAUUCAGAAUUCUGUAAUAGAUGGGAAAUUGAUUAAAUCAGCUCCUUUAGCUCAUAAACAGAAGUUAUCAAAAGAACUUAAACAUUUGGGGCCGGGGGCUAAUAAAAGGGAAGCCUCCCUCUACUUAAAUGAUUUUGUUAAAAGCUGGUAUGUUCUUUUUGUUGGAUUGGUGGAAACAAAAAUUUCUUCCUUUGAAAGGUAUGAAGUGAACAAAUGUUUAGGAGAUGAUUGGGAUUACUUUCUUCUUCCCUCAGUUGGUGCAUCUGGUGGAAUUAUGGUUUUUUGGAAAGCCAAUAUUGCAAAGUUUUCUUUGAUCAAAUCUUCUUCUCAAUGUGUGAUUAGGGAAUUAUGUCUCUUUAAUAACAGCAAAUGGUUGAUAUCUACUAUUUAUGGUAACAAAAAUGCAGUUCUAAGAAGAAAGCUAUGGGAAGAUCUUGAAGAAAACAACAGUACAAAUUUCCCUAUGAUAAUAGGAGGGGAUUUCAAUUGUAUUCUCUCUCAAGAAGAUAAGAGAGGUGGGAAGAAGUUCUCCUUUUAUCAAGGUCCCCAAGAGAUGGCAGCUUUUAUGGCAAGAAAUGACCUCCAUGAUGUGGGUAUCAUAGGUCCCAAAUUUACUUGGUGUAAUAACAAAAGUGGAAAUGCACGUAUUCUUGAGAGAUUAGAUGGGUGUCUUUUAAACUACAAGGCUCUUAACAUGAUUCAGAAUGCUGUGGUGAGACAUUUACCUAGAAUUGCCUUUGAUCAUUGUCCUUUAAUCAUAAGAAUCAUUCAGGAUAAAUUAUAUCAAAACAAGCAGAUUAAAUUUGAAGAAGUCUGGGCUUCUUUUCAAGCUGCCAAAGGUAUUGUCUUUAAAUCUUGGAACAAACUGGUCAAAGGGAAUGAGAUGGAUAUAAUUAAUGUUAAGUGCAAGAGGUCUUUAAAGGCUCUUUAUUACUGGAGUAGACAAAAGUUAAAAUGUUUUAAAGAUAGCAAUGAACGUUUGAAAACUGAAAUUGCUGAAAUUCAAUCAGAAGAAGCGAAUGAAAGUGGUUUGGAGCCAGAAAAACUCUUUCUGUUGAGAAAUAAAAUUCAUGAAUUCAACGUGAACUUAGCACGGUUAAGCACCUGGUGGAGGCAAAGGACUAAGCUAAAAUGUAUUCAAGAUAAUGAUACUAAUUCAAGAUUAUUCCAUUCAUUUGCAAAUGGUAGACGAAUGGGAAAUAUUAUACACCAAUUGAAAAAUGAUGCAGUUAUCAAAGAAAGCGGCUCUAACAUCUCUCCUGGAUUGGAUGGCACCACUUAUUCUUUCUUCAAACAUUACUGGUAUAUAACCGGUAAUAACGUUUGGAAAGCUAUUCAGCAAGCUUUUAUUACUGAACGUAUUUGCUCUAGCUGGAAAUAG